UUUUUUUUGUUUAUCGACAAUUAUAAGUAGAAAUAUUUCUAGUCGUCUCAUAAACAAUGCAAGAUGAAUCAAAGUGACAUUAUAUGUCACUCUCAAUGGAUGGAUCUCAUGGAUGAUACUAGAUCAGGGAAGACUGUUAAGCAAUGACAUGCCCAGAAUGUUGGAAAUAGUGUUUUUCUCGUUUAUAUUCGUUGGAUGCUCAGGAAAUUUUGUAUACACUGAGCCCGGAGAAGACGUUUGCCUCACUUUUUCAUUAACAGUAGCACAGCCAGGAUUUCAAUACAUCUUCAGAGAUAAAUUGGCAAUAUGUCUUUACAGUUCUGAAUCCGUUUACCAAAUUACAGAUGGGUGGAUGAAUAGAACGUUCAGCUGUAAAGUAACGUCAGAUCGGAUUUCUAUUUGUAUUAACGAUACACAAGAAGAAGAUGCCGGGCACUUCUCCUACAGAAUAGGUAUUUCUGACUACAGAGAAAACUUGACACUGGCUAUUGCUAGUAAGUAAUAGUGCGUAUUAUACU